AUGGCAUCACAAGAUCCCCCCCUCGACGAAAUACAAUGGAGAGAUCCACAAUGGCUCGCGGCCAAUGGAGGUAUUCAUGAAAAUACCAUCCUUCACUACUUUGCGCAGUCGCCAUUCUUUGAUCGAACAUCAAAUAAUAGCAUCGUGACAACACAAGCUACUUUUAAUAAUAAUUUGUGGUACCUCCUGGGAACCCGUGGCGCGUUUGAGGGACGACUCAAAACUAUGUCUGGAUUGGAGUUUAUAAUUGCGCAAGAACCUGCAGCGAUGGGGCCGGGUACUGGUACUGGAGUAUGGGUAAUUAGAAAACAAACAAGAAGAAAGAGAGCUCCAGAGGAUGACGAAAUUAUAAUCCAUUCAUCGUAUUUUGUGGUGGGAGAGAACAUUUAUAUGGCUCCUACUGUUGCGGAUGUGCUAGGCAGUAGAAUGUUAUCAAUCUUUACCUCCCUCACCAAUGCUAUUUCGAAAGUCUCCGAAUUACCUAAUUUCUCUCCCUCUCUCGGCCAUACAUACAUGCCACCAGUCCCUCCACGAACAAAAGCUGUUACCUCCACUUUCUCUCAAACCGAAGAAAACACACCAAUGCCCGAUUCUCUAGCGACCGAAGCCAAAAAUCCUUCCGUCAGCACCUCCACCAACGUUCUGGCACAUCAUCUUCUUGAAGAAACCCUCAAUAUCACACUCAAAUACGGCGAUGAAUAUAUGGACGAAAAUCCUAUCACCGGAACCCCAGGCGAUUUCCAUUUCAGUACAACAGGUCGAAAGGAAAAGGAAAGGCUUAUGGUACCACCAACAUCGAAACCAGCAGGCUUUGGUCUAAGUGGUAAACCUGCGGCUCCUACACCAUUAAAAACAGAUCUGGGAAUUCAAAAGAAAGGAAGUAAGGGGGAGAAGAGUCCUAGAACUCCGGGAACAGGCAAACCAAAAAGAAGAAAAAGUAAAGUGAUGAAUGGUGGGGUGAGUCCUACAUAG